AUGACUCGCCCUGAUAUCACCCUCUACACGGCUCAGACCCCUAACGGGAUCAAGAUCUCUAUUGCUUUGGAGGAGCUUGGAUUGCCUUACAAGGUUGAGAAAAUUGAUAUUUCCAAGAACACACAAAAGGAGGACUGGUUCCUUGAGAUUAACCCCAAUGGCCGAAUUCCCGCUCUGACCGACGAGUUCGAAGAUGGGCAAAAGAUCAACCUGUUCGAGUCCGGUGGUAUCUUGCAGUACCUGGUGGAGCAAUAUGACACCGAGUACAAGAUCUCCUUCCCCAAGGGCACCCGCGAGCACUACGAAAUGACCAAUUGGCUCUUCUUCCAGAAUGCUGGUGUUGGACCCAUGCAAGGUCAGGCAAACCACUUUGCACGCUAUGCACCUGAGCACAUUGAGUAUGGUGUGACCCGAUACGUUAAUGAAACCCGCCGACUAUAUGGCGUGCUCGACAAGCACCUCGCCAAGUCCAAGUCCGGGUAUUUGGUUGGUGAUCACGUCUCCAUUGCCGAUAUCUCACACUGGGGAUGGGUGGCCGCCGCUGGGUGGCCAGGAAUAGAUAUUGAUGAAUUCCCCAACCUAAAGGCGUGGGAAGAGCUUAUGGCUCAGCGUGAAGGUGUGGAGAAGGGACGCCAUGUUCCUUCCCCGCAUACCAUUAAGGAGCUGCUGAAGGAUAAGGCAGCCAUGGAGAAGGCGGCCGCUCAGGGUCGAUCCUGGAUUCAGCAGGGAAUGAAGGAUGAUGCGAAGAGUAAAGUCUAA